AUGACUUCAGAGAAUGGCAUUUCGGAUUGGUCACCGUCCUCAUGGCAAAAAAAACCAAUAAAACAAGACGUAAUUUAUGAGGACCAGGAACACUUGAAACAAGUAUUAACAAAAUUAUCGAGUUUACCACCCCUCGUCUCGCCAACUGAAAUUAAAAAACUUCGACACCAGCUAAGUCUAGUUGCUACACGAAAAGCUUUUUUACUACAAGGUGGUGAUUGCGCUGAACUUUUUGAAUACUGUUCAAAACUUAAAGUGUUGUUGCAAAUGAGUUUAGUCUUAACAUGGGGUGCUCGAAUACCUGUUGUAAGAAUUGCACGAAUGGCAGGUCAAUACGCGAAACCUAGAUCGAAACCCACGGAAAUUUACGAGGGGAAAGAGAUCCCGUCGUUUCGGGGUGAUAACGUCAAUGGAUUUGAUCCAUCGGAUAGGAAACCGGAUCCGGAAAGACUUGUGGGUGCAUACUUCCAUUCAGCCGCAACUUUAAAUUAUGUCCGGUCAAUUCUUAGUUCUGGUUUUGCUGAUCUUCAUCGACCGAGUGAAUGGUCUUUACAUCACGUCAGGUCAAGCGGAAUUCGCCAAGAGUACCAAAAAAUAGUCGAUCGCCUAACUGACGCGCUAGAUUUCAUGAAAACGAUCGGCGCCGAUUCUCCAGUCUCACCCAGUUCUUCGAUUCUCAACACGGUUGAUUUAUUUAUGUCACACGAAGGACUCUUGCUCGAAUAUGAGCAAUCACUAACACAUCCAUUUAAAGAUUCGGAAUCCGGACAAGAGAAGUGGUACAAUUUAAGCGCACAUUUCCUCUGGAUCGGCGACAGAACUCGACAGAUUGAUGGUGCUCAUGUAGAGUAUUUUCGUGGGAUUGAGAACCCAAUAGGGAUUAAAGUGGGGCCUAGUAUGAAGCCACAGGAACUUCGAGAAUUAUUAGAUGUUGUCAAUCCAAACAAGGAGGUGGGAAAAGUUACGUUGAUCACAAGAUAUGGUGCGACUGAGGUGGAUAAACAUUUACCAAGUCAUAUACAGAUUUUAAAAGACUCGGGUCAUGUUGUAGUUUGGGCGUGUGAUCCGAUGCACGGCAACACGAAACAAUCUCUCUCGGGUGUAAAGACGCGUCAUUUUGAUUCAAUCAUCGAAGAAUUAUCAAAAACCAUAAAAAUUCAUAAGGCUAAUGAUAGUCAUAUGAAUGGAGUGCAUUUUGAACUCACGGGGGAUCGCGUAACUGAAUGCAUAGGCGGUUCUAUGCAACUUUUGGACUCGGAUCUCCCAUCAAACUACAAAACUUAUUGCGAUCCAAGAUUGAAUUAUGAACAGAGUUUGGACAUGGCGUUUUUGAUCGCAAAGUAUUAUGAAAAGGAAAGGGAUGGUAGCUAUUUGCUUAACUUAUAA